AUUUGCCCACCUUUCCGAUGAACAUCUCCGGCACGCUCAACGUGUUCCGACUGAUACGGGAGCCGGCACUGUGUCUCCCUCAGCAUACUGUCUCCACGUUCAAUCAUCUUCCCGUGCCCCUAUCAAAAGCCUUCCCCAGAAAAGAUGGCGAGAAAGAGGUAGACAUUAAGGCCGUGGUUCUUGACAAGGACAACUGUUUUGCCAUUCCACACACGAACGAAGUGCACAAGCCUUAUCAUGACAAGUUUCAAGAGCUGCGCCGCGCCUACCCCGGCUCCAAGCUCCUCAUAGUCUCCAACACAGCAGGCACAGACUCGGACAAGAAUCAAGCCGAGGCCGCCCUCCUAGAAAAGAACACCGGCGUCAAGGUGCUCCGCCACUCGACCAAGAAGCCCGGCUGCAAGGAGGAAGUCCUGUCGUAUUUCCAGCAGCAUCCGGACGCCGGCGUGACCUCGCCAUCUCAGAUUGCUGUCGUGGGCGAUCGCUUGUUCACGGACGUCAUGAUGGCGAACUUGAUGGGCAGUCAUGGGUUUUGGGUCCGGGAUGGGGUGAUUGAGCGGAAGAGCUUGUUUGCGCGAGUUGAGGAUAGACUGGCGGUGUUCCUGCUGAAGAGAGGGUACUGCGCCCCAAACCCGAGGAGCCAGUUUGAGUGAAACGUUCGCUUUACUAUAUUGUAUCAUUUCUUCUGGAUUCCAAUUGUCCAGUCAUCUCGAAACACCACCAUUGUAAGUCUACCUGUAAACAAUUAUCUGAGAAGCGUGUAUCUAGUCUGUUCCUUCUGUACGAUAGCAUUUCGGAAUGCGUUAAGCUCAUUCGUGUCCAGAGCACGGCUCACCCAUGUUCGA